AUGGGGCGUGGAAAGAAGCCAAAGCGGGAAGCUGCACAGGUUGACCCUGAGGACUUGCCGCUAGGAACGAGGAAGCCCAGGUCCAAGCUGAAGCGGGGGGAUAGGGGCAACGAAGAAGCGGAAUCCGCUCAUGCGGAAGGCGGGAAAGGAGUCUCGGAAGUUAACCCUGCUGCAAUGCCCUCGGUGGUGGCAGAAGCGGAGUCAAAUUUCGAGGGUGGGGUAGGCGAGCAGCGAGCGGAGGCGGCCGCCGCAGAAGGCGGUUCCGGUGACCGCGCGGCCGCCGGAAUCGCCGCCGAAGAUCAGCCGGUUGGCCUGGAGGUUUUGGAUAGUGGAGCGGGCGCGCGGCUCGAAGUCGCGAGCGCGCCGACGGAAGUGGGGGGCGGGGCGGCCGCUGACGUUUCGGGGGUAAACCCUGAAAACCCCCCGACUAAAAACCCGCCCGCGGUCAGUGAGCUGUCGGCCUUAGAUGCGGUAACGGGCGCGACCCAAAAGGCGCACGAUCCUGAGUUAGGGAAGAAGGAAGACAAGGCGGAGGCGGAGGGAACCGGAGAAGGGGUAACUAAGGAACCGCCUGAGGUUCAGGUGGAGGGGCUGCAAGGAAGGUCAAGCCUUGAAGGGGUGGAGUCCUCCGCAGUUGAUAUCGAGAAGAAGAGAAGCGAGGUUAGCGCAGCGCAAGAGCGGAAAAGUGGGGAAGUUUCAGCAGAGAUGAGGGAAGAGGUGGGGGGGGGUGCGGAGCAAGACAAGGCACCACCCAAGGAGACACCUCCUAUUGCCAAGCCCCCAGAGAAGGGGGGUGCAAAGAAGGCGGGAACGUCAGGGAAGGGGGAUGCCGCAGGCAAGUCAGAGGCUGCUGACGGAGGGGAGAAGGAGGCACCAACUGGGGCGGUGGGCUCUGGAGAUUUCUUCGGACCGUCAGGGAAGAUCAACCCUGAGAGGAUGGAGUACAUCAGGAAGCUGGCUCAGGAAUUCAAGGAGGGGAAGGGGGGUGAAGAGGCAAAGGGCCUGAAUGCUGAAGAGUUCCGCAAGCUCACCGACCUGGUAAGCGUGCAUCAGGUCGCGCGCCGGAUGACGUCUCUGAUGGAAGCAACCGCCGCCUAUCCAAAGGACUGGGAUGGGAGGGGCAAGCUGCACUUCGACAUCCCGAUGUGCAUGCUGCAAAACGGGAACGACGCAGAGAAGUUUGGUGUAGUGCACCCUGAGGUAGACGCCAACGGACGGCCCAAGGCGGUGCGGAUCACGGAAAGGAUGACCACGCCUGCGCAGGUCAGGACGGGGGAGAGGAUCUGGGUGGAGGGCCACAUCAAGGAGAGGGGGGACGUGACGGCAGUGAUCAGACCGUUUGGGAAAGACGUUUUGAUCACCGAAGAAGACAAGGCGGCGAUGUCUGUCGAAGAUCGGGCGGAUCUAGAGAAGUUUGAGAAGACGGUCGGGCAGAUGUGCAAGAGCGAGGACGCCGGAGUGAAGGCGAAGGGGGAGUGGCUUAAGGCGAACGUGGUGGGGAGGUGGCUGUUCCUUGUGGAUGGGAACUCGAGGCUGGAGGGAUACAAACGGGGUCGUGCCAAGGACAAGGCUGACACGGGAAAGACUACCAAGGACAUCUUCUUCCAAACGUUCUUGGUCGGCCUAACCGCUGACAACAUGGACGACGUCGCGGCUAUGUCCCGGCAGAUAAACGACAACAACAUCGAGUUCAACUCCAAGAAGACUGUGGCGCAAGAGGUUUACGCCUGCUACCAGCUCAACGACAAGACCGAAGAAGAGAUGGAGAAGAUCGUCAGCGGAGCGAUGCUCACGUUGUACGGCGAACACACUGGGAAGUGGACUAAGCUGCGAGCAGAGCUCAAAGAGCAAGGAGUGAACUACCCCGGGAUUGUGUUUGCUGUGGGCUUGAAGCCCAGCCUCGGCCUGCUGCUCAUGGACAAGUCGACCUUGAGCCUCCCUGCGGAGAAAGUCGGCGAACUCGGGUCCGCCCGGUCUGUGUGGGCGCUGAAGAGGGUGCACUGCGCCAACCUGUCAAAGGAGAAGCGCGGCUUUUGGGAGCCCAUUUGGCAAAGAUGGGUCAUGCUCGAGCAGCCUGAGCUCGUUGUGCCAGACAUCGACGUCCUCGACGUUCUGUCGAUGAAGCACCUGCCCGUCUCCUGGGAUGCAGUCGUCGUGCUUCUCUGCGAACUCGACGGAGAGUCCUUCAAGCACAUCACCGGCCUGGACCGAUCCCGAUCCAAUCUGAAGUCCUGGGUGAAGUGGAUGGGGGUCCUGUUCGCGGUGUGCGAGGCUGUCGUCACCCAGCUCAUGGACUUCGGGUUCUACGAGAAGCCGAAGACCAGAAAGAGGGGGGAUUCGCCUGCAUUGGCUAAGGACUACCUCCACUUCGCCGGAGCGUACGAUCCGUACGAGUUCGGCAAGGCCAUUCUGUGGAUGCAGACCCCGGACGGGCCGGCGGGGAGGCCGUUUUGGUGGGCGGCGUCCGUGUCCGCAUUCAGCGGAAACAUCAAGCCUGCAGCGCUCGCCUCCUUGCGAGACCGAAUGACGCUCAGCUACUUCAGGACCGUCCUCCCGUCGCGCACCUUCGAGGUCACCCCCGACCAGCUGCAGACUCUCGUGGCGCUGCAGAACCUCCCCAAACUCGUCAUCCAACAAUUCGUCGUCAUCCCAGUUCCGGAGCUGCGGCACGCGCUCAUCACGCGCGCUGGUUUCGUGAAACCCGCCGGCACAAUGUUCAAAAACGAAGACCGUGACUACGUGGCCGACGAGCAAGUCAUGGAAGCGGUAAUGGGGUGCCGGUGGGAGGUGGACUGUGACGAAGCCACCCCCACGAUCCGGGUUUGGGACAGGGGGGCUGAACCGCGGACCCUGGCCAAGAAGGAGAAGCUCCCGGCCGCCCCCUAUCUGUCAGCCUCGGUCGUGGAGUCGAUUGUAAACCCCCCCCGCUCCCUGGAACUAUGGGACCGCAAAAUCGUCCUCCAAAUCCGCCCGGACUCCCGCCUGGCUGUCAUGGCGGUCCGAACGGACACAGCGCAUCAGGGGGUAGUUGGGGAGAAGUUCCCCCCCAUUUCCGCCAUCACAGACCGCCUGGGUUGGGUGACCUCCAGCAGCCAGGAAUUCGACUUGACGGAGCGACCGGUCCAUCUAGUUAUGUAUCUAGCUGCGUGCGCUAGGGAGGUGGUCGGAGACGCGCGCGCGCUCGAGUCGUCAGUCAGGGCGGCGACACAGCUGAUGUCAGACCUUCUCAGGUUUGACGGAACAGUGGGGAUCGCGGUUCUUCCGGGCGACACCCCGCUCGACUGGAUUGCGCCCGGUCUACAGAUAGUCGCCCGCAGGGUCAUCUGCCUGGUCCCCAAGAAACUGGAGGGGUUCGGGAAGUUCGAGAAGUGGGGAGACAGUGGGACGAUGUACCAGGUCGUCUACUUGACUCCCGUCGGGUCCGAGCUGGAGCUCCCCGACCAGUCCAAGCAGUACGGGUUCGGGCUGACCCACAAGAAGUUCAAGCACGCCGGCACGUUCACGACCAGUCCGUGCACAGCCGACCCAGAGAGCUGGCCCCUGGAGACCAUCAACAGCAUUCUCGAGGGCGCCGUCCCCUCUGCGACUGGGAGCGCGGUAGCUGUGGUUUUAGGGGAGGAGAACGGGUACACGACAGCUGCCCUGCUGAGGAGAAACAUGCUGGUGGUGUCGGUACUUAGCCGCAGGCUGCAUGUGUGGAUGGGGUCGAAGGGGCGGAGGAUCAGAUCCACGCCCACCGACAUGACGUUCGCCGAGCGGGCGAUGGCGUACCGGGCGGGGCAAAAGCUUCCGGACGAGUUCGAUCCGCUGCCAGCAGCCCCCGCAGAGACUACCACAGCACCCUCCUCGAAGACAGCCGGGACGGCGACAUCUCGAAAGGGGAAGGAAAAGGUAGCUUCGACGGGGGAAAAGCAAGUGACGGAGAAGAAGACGGGUCCCAGUGCGGCUGGGAAGGGGGGCAAGUCGGGGAAAGUCGCCGGGGGAAAGAAGGGGGCAGCAGGCGCCGCGUCAGGCUCUGGAAAGAAAGACGCAGCGAGCGGUGCGGCGGCAGCCGCUAAGAAGGAGCCCGCGAAGAGGAAGGGUCCUGUUGCGGCGGAAAAAGAGGGAGAGAAGGCAGAAGGGAGCGAGCCCAAAGAGAAGAAACAGCGGAAGAGGAAAGAGAAGGGGGGAACGGCGGAGGGAACGGCGGAGGGCGGUGGAGAGGGCCCUGCUGAGGACACGAAGACCAAGGGGAGGAAGAGAAAGUCCGAGGGGGAAGGGGGGGGAGAAAAGAAAGAACGGAAGAAGCGGAAUAAGGGGGGGGAGAAGGGCGGAGAAGGGCCGGCCGAAGGGGGUGAAGGUGGGCAGUCGGCCGUCAGCGAUGAGGCGACCGAGAGCAGCCAGAGAGCGCCACUCUCGGGUUCCAUCAUGUCCUCACCGGCAAGAUCAAUAGCUGAGCCGCCUGUGACUCUGUCCGAGUCAUCGGACAGCGAAGAUAGCGAUGAUAUCGUCGUGCGAAGUUCGGAGGGGACGGUGGACUUGCGCAAUUACAAGCGGUUCGCAAUAAGCGGUGAUAACAUGAACUGCUUCUUCAUGACUGCAUUUGUGGUGGCAACAUUGAACGGAGAGCCCCUAGGAGGGGGAGAGGAGCUUGCUGCACAGCUGCGGGCUGGUCGUCUCCCAAUCGACUUAGAGAAAGAGGGGUUGAAGGUGCGCGCAACGAUAGUUGCCUACCUGCGUGACCACAAGAAUAGGCCUAUCCCCCCCCAGUUGAUAACGUCCUCGAGGCCCCCGAGCAAACGGCGACCAUUGCCAACGUGGGAAAAAUUGUACCAAGCGCUACGGGACGAGGACGAUUUGACUGAAUUCGAUACUUACGUAGACAGAAUGUCGCGAAGCGGAUGCUGGGGAGGGGACUUCGAGCAAAGGGUCGUAUGGGCGAUGGGCCACAAGGUAACGGUGGCAAAGGGGGAAAAUAGGAGGAAGAUGAGGAUCUACCAACCCCAGAUGGAGUUUGUACAGUUGAGAGAAAACGAGGCGGUCUGGUACCACGUUCGGAGUGUCAUUACGAUGUGUUAA